AUGGAUCCCUUCCUAGCACUAUUCGCAGGCGACCCAACAACAAACUCCACCACCACUACCACCACAAUCGCAGACCUCACCCCUCCAACUGCUACCGGCUCCCCUCCCGAACCAGGAGGUCAGCGCUCCAGGUCGGGCUGCUUCACUUGCCGUCGCCGCAAGGUCAAGUGCGACGAGUUGAGGCCCAUCUGCGAAAAAUGUCAGAUUGGACAACGCGAGUGCACUUGGCCCCCAGAUGACCCAGUGCAACGCCGCAAGAACCGCCCUCGCAAGCCCCGUACUCACACUGUCUCGGAACCUCCCAAAAGGCGCUUCAAGCUCCCGUUCCACGCCCCCGAGACAUUCGUGUCGUCACUACCGACCACGGUUUCAUCUCUAAAGGGCAAGGAGCGGCAAGUUGAGCUCAUUCCGGACAUUCUCCGCGCCGAGAUGAUGAUGGACCCAUCAUUCCUCCAGCCAUAUUUCCCCUCUGUUGACGAGCGCCUCGUUAUCCGCCAUUAUUUGUCUCGCACCGUGCACAUUAUCCUCGCAUUCGAGGCGCCCCACAACCCUUGGAACCCAUGGCUCACCGUGCACGCGCCACUGGCGUUUACACAUUUACCUGGGGUAUCUCCAGCGGCAGACGCCCUUCGGACGGCAAUGCUCGCAGUGGGCGCCGUGCACUUGCGCUACGUCUCCAAUCCAGACGACCAGGAGGGUGCCUGGCGCAUCACCCGCACAACCCGGCCGCGCGUGCUCGAGCUCGUGCGCUGCGCACUAGAGAACCCUGACGGAACCCCAAAGAGCAUCGACAAGACUGAGGUCGAGCUUGUCCUCGCCGCGCUCCUGAGCUGCAUCAUUGCAAGCUCCCUCGCCGCCGACGAAGCAUGGCACUCGCUCAUCACACAAGUGCUGUCGCUGAUCAGCCGCAUGGGCGGCGCCCAGGCGCUCCUUGUCGACUCGCCUCGCGACCAUCUCUCGCCUUCGCGCUUCGUGUUCGAGCAGCUCGCUAUCCGCGACGUGUUCGGGUGCAUGACCACCGAGCUCGCGCCGUCGAUCCUACGUGAUGCUUUCACGCCUUGGUUCUUCGAGGCCGAGAGCUGGAGCAUGAACGAGAACGAGUGGGAGAGCAUAGAGCGCAUGUUUGGUAUGUCGCGCGGCAUGGUCGACCUCAUCUCUCGCGCAUGUACGCUCGUAUCGCGUGUUCGCGAGAAGGGUUACGUCCUCGCCGAGCACCACAACGCCGAGCCGCACGUCUCCUCUCUCCUCCUCCGUCUGCCACCACGCGCCACCGCUCGCCUCCCUCAGAACGGUAGCAUGGCCGAGAUCCAGUCGGGCGGAACCCUCACUACUGCCACAACUCCUGGCGGCACUGUGACGCUCACGAACGCGCCCACGACCAUGCUCACCGACAAGCAGGAGCUCGAGGAGCAGGCCAACGGCCUUCUCGCCGAGCUCAAGGUGUGGGACAAUGCGUGCAACUUUACGCCCUUCCACCCGCGCACGCAGUACGGCAACAUUGCAUACCGCCACGCGACCAAGAUCCGCCUGCACCGCGUCGUCUUUGGCGUCAGCUCAUCCGACCCACGCAUCGUGAGCGCGUCGCGCGCCAUCAUCGAGCUUGCCAAGGAGAUGCUCGCAAUGUACGGCCGCAUCGUGUGGCUGACCUGGCCGCUAGUCAUUGCCGGCUUCCACAUCCCGAAAGGCGACCCGAUGCGGCAGUCGGCUGUUGAGCUUUUGUCAGAGUUUGGUCCCCAUGCCUGUUUUGACAACCGGGCUGCGAGCCACAUGAUGGAGACAUUCUGGCGCUACCACGACAACGACCCCGAGGACCUGACCCCAUGGGAGGUUGCACAGCGCAUGAACUCACGCCCGUUCCUCGACUAG